AUGGAAGAGGAGGUCGCAGCUCUCGUCAUCGACAAUGGUUCGGGUAUGUGCAAGGCCGGUUUCGCCGGUGACGACGCACCCAGAGCCGUUUUCCCCUCAAUUGUCGGUAGACCUCGCCACCAUGGUAUCAUGAUUGGUAUGGGCCAGAAGGAUUCAUACGUCGGUGAUGAGGCACAGUCCAAGCGUGGUAUCCUCACUCUCAGAUACCCCAUUGAGCACGGUGUCGUUACCAACUGGGACGACAUGGAGAAGAUUUGGCACCACACCUUCUACAACGAGCUCCGUGUUGCUCCCGAGGAGCACCCCGUCCUGCUCACUGAGGCCCCCAUCAACCCCAAGUCCAACCGUGAGAAGAUGACCCAGAUCGUCUUCGAGACCUUCAACGCCCCCGCCUUCUACGUCUCCAUCCAGGCCGUUCUGUCGCUGUACGCUUCCGGUCGUACCACCGGUAUCGUCCUCGACUCCGGUGACGGUGUCACUCACGUUGUCCCCAUCUACGAAGGUUUCGCCCUUCCCCACGCCAUCUCGCGUGUCGACAUGGCUGGUCGUGACUUGACUGACUACCUCAUGAAGAUUCUUGCCGAGCGUGGUUACACUUUCUCCACCACUGCCGAGCGUGAAAUCGUUCGUGACAUCAAGGAGAAGCUCUGCUACGUCGCCCUCGACUUCGAGCAGGAGAUCCAGACCGCCAGCCAGAGCUCUUCCCUCGAGAAGUCCUACGAGCUUCCCGACGGUCAGGUCAUCACCAUCGGUAACGAGCGUUUCCGUGCCCCCGAGGCUCUCUUCCAGCCCUCUGUUCUCGGUCUCGAAUCUGGCGGUAUCCACGUCACCACUUUCAACUCCAUCAUGAAGUGCGAUGUCGAUGUCAGAAAGGACCUUUACGGCAACAUUGUCAUGUCUGGUGGUACCACCAUGUACCCCGGUAUCUCCGACCGUAUGCAGAAGGAAAUCACCGCCCUUGCUCCUUCAUCCAUGAAGGUCAAGAUCAUCGCUCCCCCAGAGCGCAAGUACUCCGUCUGGAUCGGUGGUUCCAUUCUCGCCUCCCUCUCCACCUUCCAGCAGAUGUGGAUCUCAAAGCAAGAGUACGACGAGAGCGGUCCCUCGAUCGUCCACCGCAAGUGCUUCUAA